AUGUGACUGAUCCCUAAGCCGUACACUGACGUUGCGCCGCCGCCUCCCUGGUCCGCAGCUCUACUCCACGCCGUCGCCGCCUCGCCGGGACGCAUCCAGCCAGCCUGCGACACGCCGCCGCGCGUGCUCCCCCGCUACCCUUCGCUUUCUGGGGACAGCGUUCAGCCGACCAGCACCCGCCUCUUACUGGGUCCUCGCCGAACAACAGCUCUCUGCGUCCCUCCAUCGCCGCUUCCUCACUGGUCUGUACCACCACCGGCAGCAGCAGGGGGAGGCCAUGAAGCUUGACGUGAACGCCCUCCGCUACCUCUCCAAGGACGACUUCCGCGUCCUCACCGCCGUCGAGAUGGGCAUGCGCAACCACGAGAUCGUGCCCGCGGAGCUCGUGGACCGCAUCGCCGGAUUGAAGCAUGGAGGCACAUACAAAGUGCUGCGGAAUCUUUUGAAGAACAAGUUGGUGCAUCAUGAUAACACUAAAUAUGAUGGAUAUAGGCUCACAUAUCUUGGAUAUGACUUCCUUGCCAUCAAGACUUUGGUUAAUCGAGGAGUAUUUGCUUCAGUUGGCCGUCAAAUCGGUGUUGGAAAGGAGUCAGACAUAUUUGAGGUUGCCACGGAGGAUGGUACAGUGCUUGCCAUGAAGCUUCAUAGGUUGGGUAGGACAUCUUUCAGGGCUGUGAAAUCCAAGCGUGACUAUUUAGUGCAUCGAAGAAGCUAUAAUUGGCUGUACCUCUCACGACUUGCUGCCUUAAAGGAAUUCGCCUUUAUGAAGGCUUUAGGGGACCAUGGGUUCCCUGUUCCAACUGCCGUGGAUUGCAAUCGGCAUUGUGUGAUCAUGUCACUUGUGCAGGGAUAUCCACUUGUUCAAGUCAAAGAGCUACAAAAUUCAGAUGAUGUUUUCGACACAAUUCUUGGUCUUAUUGUUCGCUUGGCAGAGCAUGGGCUGAUACAUUGUGAUUUUAAUGAGUUCAAUAUCAUGAUUGAUGAUGAUGAAAAAAUUACGGUUAUUGACUUCCCACAGAUGGUAUCUGUAUCACAUCGUAAUGCCCAGAUGUAUUUUGAUCGGGAUAUUGAGUGUAUCUACAAGUUCUUUAACAAGAGGUUUAAUCUUUCGUCAGAGAAAAGUGAAGAACAAGAUGGAUCUGAAACUGAUGGUGAAGAUAAUGGCAGGCCAUCCUUUCUGUCUAUACAAAAGGCUGCUGGUUCCUUGGACAAGGAACUAGCUGCCAGUGGCUUCACCAGAAAAGAGCAAGUGGAUAUGGAGAAGUUCAUUGAGGAAGAUGCUGAAGAACAUAACUCUAGCUUAGAUGAUGACGAUUCGACAUCAGAUCAGGGAUUCAAUGGAAUUGGUGAUGCUGUGCCUAUUGAUUCCCUGAAGAUAGAAGACCAGGACCGUUCUGGUGAGCCUGAUGGUAGUCUUGCCUCAAGGGAUUCAGAUGGACCUGGAAAUUUUUCUGAAGAGCAUGGAACAAGUUGUACUGGCGAGACAAGAUUGAAAAGCUCUCCCUCAGGUAGCAAUGGAGAUGCUAUGGAACCGCUUGAAUUAGGGGGCAAAAUGCUUUCCCAGGGUGAUGAUUCUAAUGAUGAUGGCUCAUCGGAGGAUGCUGAUGAUGAGGAAGAUGCUGCGCUCGCAAGACAAUUGAACAAGCAAAGGAAAAAGGUAAUAGCAGCCGCUCAUGGGCGGAGAAGGCCCGUGUCCUCCAGGAAUGCCUACAAGGACAAGGGCAAGGGCACCAUGAAUUCCAAAAUCCAGAGGCAGGCAUGCAAAUGGUGAUUAUUGGUCUCCAGCGUUUCUUGCAGCAAAGCUAAGGAAGAUUAAGAAUACGUUUGUACGGCUGUGAAAUUGCGGGAGUCAUUGUUACAUAGCAAGCCAUAUGGUUGUAUUUUGUUUUUCGUUGUACCUUCUGCACACGGCCUCGGUCGUCUGAGUGAUGCUUCUGUUAUUGCCUGCUGAAUAUCUGGAACAAAAUUGCUUGGCAUCCUAUUCAGUGCAAACUUUAGUUUGGUCCUAGGUUUGGUAGUAUAUUCCUUUUCGUGAUGAACAAAACUCACCAGUAUUUGUUCA